AAGUUUGUAACUAGUAUCAUCAUUCUCAAGGACUAAGCAUAACCCUUUCAUACAACAUUGUAAUUGACAACAUCCAGAAUUAGGAUAUUCAUUCAUUGUAUUGCAGUACCACACUUCUACGCUUCACAAUACCCAUUCUGCUCUUUCUCUUUCUUGGUUGAUAGAUUGGUGUAAAGAGAGUCAUGGGAAGACUAUUCUUGAUCAAUCUGGAAGGAAAGUUCUAUUCCUGCAAACACUGCCAAACACAUUUUGCUCUUGAUGAUGACAUUAUCUCCAAGUCUUUCCAUUGCAGGCAUGGAAAAGCUUAUCUUUUUGAUAAAGUUGUGAAUGUGACAAUUGGAGAGAAAGAAGAACGGCUGAUGAUAACUGGAUUGCACACUGUUGUUGACUUAUUCUGUGUUGUAUGUGGUUCCAUUGUUGGAUGGAAAUAUGAGGCUGCUCAUGAGAAGAGUCAGAAGUACAAAGAGGGAAAGUUCAUCCUUGAAAGGUAUAAGGUCUUGGGACCUGAUGGAAGCCUCUAUAUGGCAGCUCAAGAAGCUCAUGCUGCAUUAAGUGAUGCUGAUGAUAUUUGAAAAUUUUCUCAUUCCAUGUUUAAAUUGUACAUUCUUCCUCAGCUUAGAACUGCUAUAUUUGCAAUGUACAUCUCAGAGCUUGUGAAAGUUGUGUUCUAUUUGAUAGUUAGGCUAACAUAUCAAUGGCU